GACAGUUGAUGAAAUGGCAUCACACUGGAGCUGGUCAACGAAGGAAGUCGGCGACAGAAGCGAUCUCCAAUAAGAAACCCGCGCAUGGAAAGGUCAUCUUGCCCGAGAGCGCCGAGGUCGUAAUCGUGGGUGGCGGAGCAGCAGGUUGCAGCGCUCUGUACCAGCUGUCAAAGCGAGGCAUCCGAGCGAUCUUGCUCGAGAGCUCGAAGCUGACAGCUGGCACGACAUGGCACACGGCGGGUAUGUGUUGGAGCCUGCGACCGAGCGAGACGGAAAUCGAGCUGCUGCGCGCCACCCGGUCCACGCUGGCCGAGCUCGAGCGCGAGACCGGCGAGAACGCCGGCUGGAUCAACAACGGCGGCCUGUUCAUCGCGCACAGCGAGAACCGCAUGCAGGAGUACCGGCGGCUCGUCGACAUGGGCAAGGUGUUCGGGCUUGACGCGAGACUGCUGACUGCGCGCGAGGCCAAGGAGAUUUUCCCGCUCCUCGACGAGAAAGCUCUGGUCGGAGGCAUUUAUUCUCCGCGCGACGGCACCAUGGAUCCCGCGAUGAUGGUCGCCGCGCUAACGAAAUGCGCGAAAAGUCGCGGAGCGCAGGUAUUCGAAGACUGUUCGGUGACUGGAAUCCUCACGGACGAUAAAACUUUCGGCUCGAAGCAGGUGACCGGCGUGGUAACGGAUCACGGCGUCGUUCGUACGAACUGCGUGCUAAACGCGAGCGGAGUAUGGUCGCGACACAUCACGCGUAUGGUCAACCUUGACAUCCCACUGAUACCGAUGAAACACGCUUACAUUGUCACCGAGUCAAUGCCCCACGUGCGCAACUUACCUAACAUUCGAGAUCACGAUUUCAAGAUUUACUUGAAGAUUCAAGGCGAGUCGAUGAGCAUUGGCGGUUACGAGUUGAAUCCUAUCAUUCUGGACGACGUGCCGAAUGACUUUUCGUUUGGUCUCUACGAGCUCGACUGGAACGUCUUCAACGCGCACAUGGAGGCCAUGACCGCUCUCGUACCUGAAUUGGCGACAACCGGGAUCAAAUCCACAGUCUGCGGUCCGGAAAGCUUCACCCCCGAUCAUAAGCCGAUCAUGGGCGAAGAUCCUCGUUGCGCUGGAUUUUUCUACUCGUGCGGCUACAACAGCGCUGGCAUGAUGUUCAGCGGUGGCUGUGGCGAACAGAUCGCCGAGUGGAUCGCACACGGGCGCCCGAGGAAACAUAUGUUUGCGUACGACAUACGCAGAUUUACGCCAGAUCAAACACGAAACAUGAUGUGGACGAUCGAGAGAUCACACGAAUCUUACGCGAAGAACUACUCCAUAGUAUUCCCGCAAGAUCAGCCACUGGCUGGUAGAAAUUUCAAAACCAGCCUCUUCCACGAGGAGCUGGUCAAAAGGGGAUCCGUGAUGGAGGAACGUCAAGGUUGGGAGAGGCCAGGAUGGUUCUUGAAGAAGGGCACGGCUCCGGUACCAGCUUACGACUAUUACGGUAGCUACGAGAACGCUAAGAAUGAAAACUGCAAGUACAUUGAACUGCUCGAGCAAGACGCUACCUUCGACUUUCCCGUUCACUUCAACAACAUCAAAGAGGAAGCGCUGGCGUGCCGGAACAACGCGGUUCUCUUCGACAUGUCUUACUUUGGCAAGUUUUAUCUGUGCGGGCCGGAUGUGCCAGCGGCUGCGGACUAUAUCUUCACCGGUAAUACCGGUGCGGACAUCGACCGGACGGUCUACACUUGUGUGUUGAACAAUCAAGGUGGUACCGAAAGCGAUUGCACUAUGACCUGGAUUCUACCCCGCUCCCAUGGCAUUGCUGAUCCGAUUUUCAAAGGCAAAGCUUUGUACGUCGUGUCUGGAGGUUUGUCAUCCUAUCAUACUUGGGCCCACAUUCGAAGAGUUAUCGCGGACAAAGGUUUCAAUGUGAGCUUGCAUGAUGCUACCGACCAGAUGGGUAUUCUGUCGCUGCAAGGACCAAAUAGUCGAAAGAUUCUGCAAAACAUCAUAGACGAAGAUUUAUCAAAUGACAAGAUGCCGUUCUCUACUUCCAAAUUGGUCAAAGCAAAUGGCAAUUUCGUGCGGGCUUUUAGAUUAAGUUUUGUCGGUGAGUUGGGAUACGAGUUGCACAUACCUAACCGGUAUUGCGAGAAAGUUUUUCAAGGCAUCAUCGAGUCAGGCAAAUUAUGGAAUCUAAAACCUGCCGGUUAUCGAGCGCUCUAUAGUCUUAGUUGCGAAAAGGGAUACCACUUAUGGAAUUCCGAUUUAAGAUCAGACGAUAACCCAAUCGAGGCAAAUUUGGGUUUUACUUGUAGAAAAGAUGGAAAGUAUUUGGGUAGUGAUGUCGUAGAGAAACUGCGUAAAGAAGGAAUAACAAAGAAAUUAGUUACUUUGCACGUGGAAGAACAAGUUCCGAUGUGGGGACUGGAGACAGUUUAUAGAAAUGGAGAAAUCGUAGGUUAUCUAAGGAGAGCAGAGUAUGCUCAUACACUUGGUUACAGCAUUGGCCAUUCUUAUAUUAAGCAUCCAAAAGACGAAAUUGUAACAAACGAAUUUUUAAUGUCUGGCAAAUAUGAAGUGGAAAUAAGGGGCAAAAUGUAUCCAGCGCAAAUGUACUUAAAGAGUCCAUUUGAUCCUCAUAACAAAAGACUUCUUGACGUUUAACACUAAGUAAGAAAUGAUAAACAUUUAUAUUAUUUUAUAUAAAAAU